AUGGGUAUUCCAACAGACCCCGAGGCCAAGGGCGGAGAGGCCCCCAACGUCUCUGACACUGCCCCUGGCAUCCUUCUCGAUGGAAACCACGUAGACGAGCAAUAUGGUCGAACCGUCCGUGGUCUCUCUCCCCGUCACGUCCAGCUCAUGGCCAUCGGUGGCUCCAUCGGUACAGGUCUCUUCGUCGGUAUCGGCGGUGUCCUGUCCUCGGCCGGUCCUCUGUCCGUCCUGCUCGGCUACCUCAUCUGGGGUGUCUGCUUCGUCUGGCCUUGCAACCUGUGCGUGGCCGAGAUGUGCGCCUAUCUUCCUAUCCGUGGAUCUAUCUUUGAACUUGCUGCCCGUUUCGUCGACCCUGCUCUCGGUUUCGCUAUGGGAUGGACUUACUUCUAUGCUGGUCUCAUGCUGGUCUGUGUCGAAUACAGUGCUGUAGCGACACUUAUGCAGUACUGGGUCCCUGAUAUCAACCCUGCUGCUUGGGUUGCUAUGGCCAUGGUUGUCUGCGUCCUUCUUAACGUUGUUGCUGUCAAGUACUACGGUGAAGCCGAGUUCAUCAUGGCCUCGCUCAAGGUCCUCCUCCUGUUCGGUCUCCUCUUCAUCACCCUCAUCACCAUGUGUGGUGGAAACCCCAAGAAGGACGCUUAUGGAUUCCGUUACUGGGGCGGUGGCAAGGCCAUGAAGGCCUACCACGCCGAGGGCGAUCUUGGACGCUUCUGCGGUUGGUGGAAGGUUAUCCUCUACGCUGGUUUCACCAUUGCCGGCCCCGAUAUGAUCUCCCUCUCCUCUGGUGAGAUCCAGAACCCUCGACGAACCAUCCCCCGAGUUGCCAAGCUCAUCUUCUACCGACUUGUUGGUUUCUAUGUCUUUGGUGUCCUGGCUGUCGGUGUCAUCUGCAGCUCUGAGGAUACCCGUCUGCUCGGCGCCAUUGAGAGCAGCGCUGCUGGUGCUGCUGCCUCUCCCUGGGUCAUUGGAAUUGAGAACCUUGGCAUUACUGGCCUCCCCGAUCUCAUCAACUUCCUGAUCCUCACCUCCGGUCUCUCUUGCGGUAACGCCUACCUGUACUCCUCGUCCCGAACCCUCUACGGUCUUGCCCGCGAUGGCCAGGCCCCUGCGAUCCUCAUGAAGUGCACCAAGGCUGGUGUCCCCAUCUACUGCGUCAUGACUGUCAGCGUCAUCAGCUGCAUCACCUUCCUCGUCGCCGGCGAAUCCUCCGUUACCGUCUUCUUCUGGUUCGUCGACCUCACCACCACCGGUCUCAUCGCCACCUACACCAUGAUGAUCAUCGUCUUUGUCGGCUGGUACCGCGCCCGCAAGGCUCAGGGCCUCGACGACUCUGCUCUCCACUACGUUGCCCCCUGGAACCCCUGGGCCGCCUACCUCGGCCUCUUCCUGGGUACCGUUGCCCUCAUCUUCAUCGGCUUCGACAAGUUUGAGCCCUGGAGUACGCAGGGUUUCAUCACCAGCUACUUCUGCCACGCCUACGCUGCUAUCCUGUUCGUCUUCUGGAAGGUCUUCAAGAAGACCAAGUUUGCCAACCCCGAGACGGCCGAUCUCGUCAGCGGAAAGAAAGAGAUCGACGAGGAGUGCAAGCACUGGGAGGAGGGCGGCAUCGAGGAGAACUACCGCCGCGAGCUGGCUGCCAUGCCCUUCUGGAAGCGUUGCUGGGAGCGUAUUUGGUAA